AUGUCCUUAACACGGAGAAAACGGUCCAACCUCCAUCUCAAAUUGCCCGAGCAAAGUCCUGAAGAGCAUUGGUAUGAGGGAAGCUCAUGUUCUGAUGAGGAGAGUGGGGAAUCGGAGUAUGACUGUGGAUACCUAGACUUGGGGGCGGAAACGCCCGCCUCGGAGAGCACGACGAACCUUCUCGACAAUGCCGCUUUUGUCGAGCAGUGGGCUGCGGCUGGUGUCGCCGUGCCCAAAGUACCGACACGUCGGCGGUCGUGGCAGUCUCAGCCAGGAAAGCGCUCAACAGGGCUCAAGGAGUCCGUCGACAGGGACUGUGGGAUCUGCUUCGAGUAUGCAGUGGACCCAUGCAGGACGCUAUGUUGUGGGAAGAUAUUUUGCACAGAGCAUCUGGCGGACUGGCUGCACGGCCCGAACGCAGAAGGGCGGUGUCCGAACUGCGAAAAUACAUGCUCGCUGGAGGGAAGCACGCUCUCGCUCAUACCACCUGCGCUCCUCCCGGCGUCGCAAGUUCCGUCGCACAACAGGCGUCAUUCGCUGUCCCCGACGACCAGAUUGGCCGGAGCAUCCUUUUCAUCCCCGUUAACACCUGCCGCGCAUUUGAAUGACGCCGCUUCUGAAUCCCCGAAGAGAGCACACGCGAAGGGCUUCUCGUCGUCUUCCCUGGCCGAUUUGUCAGCAGAUUCCACCUCAACCUCAUCAUCCUCCACGGUCAUCACCGCGAGCGAGGAGUCAGAAGAUGGCGACCUGAAGGCAGAACAUCACAAAAGCACCAGGCCGUUCAUUGGUGCUAACACCAGCACCCUGAAUCUUAGCACAACUCCGUUCUCCACGUCGUGGGGUGCGGUCAGCCGGCUCAUGAGCAUCAUCACCUUCCUGAUGUUCCUCUACAAGCUUCUAUCCUGA